CGACAAUUGAGGCCCCCCACAUUAUUCUCAAUGGAGAUACUAAAAAGUCAUUAUCUCGGUCGGUCAAUACUCAAUAGGGAGCCCCCCAGGGGACCCAGGAGGUACAAUUGUACCAGAUGUGCCGGAACCCCUUGUGCAGUUAUUUUCAGAUUUAAAGUGUGGCAAGUCCCAUACUGACAGCGACGGCGUCGUUUGCGCACUCCGAACGCACCCAAUCCGCUGUCGCCGAAACUACAAUUGUCUUGGCCAGCAUUAAGUAGUCAAAAACAACAAUACCACAUCGUAUUGACACCCCGGUUGCUGCUAAUGAUUUUCACCAGCAUGCAGACCUCACUUGCACCCUUUCUCCCGGCAUAUCUUCGAGAAUGGCCUACAGAAAAAUGUCUGGCCGCGACCGCGACCGCGACCCCGACCACGACCAUCUUCCGCUCUCGGACAACAUGCACACGAUGAAUCCGUGGCAACCUGGUGUCGGCAAACGUAUCCCAUGGGGUGGCAUUUCCUGCUUGUUGGGAGUCUUCUGCUGCGGCGUGGUGGAGAUUGCGAUCUUGCUGGCAUCAAAUGGAAAACCCAUUGACAGUUGGAAGUAUCCGCCCAGCUUGUUUCUGUCCAUGGCGUAUACUAUUGGCAAUAUCCUGCUUGCAGGUGCUUUCAGUCAAGGUCUUACUGUUUAUUGGUGGCGUAAGGCUCUGAAGGAGGGUACCCAAAUUGGCGAUCUGCAUCGGUAUUGGGAACAUGGCACGAGUCCGAUAGCAGCUGCUUUUGCUGGCAGGCAUUUCAACUACAUCUCCUUCGCAGCCCUGUUCUUGGCCAUCACGCCCAUCACCGGACCUCUACUGCAGAGAGCAUCCACAAUCACGUCUGACCAGAAGCAUUAUCUCUCCGGAAAUGUGAAUAUCAGCCUCCCGGCUGUGACAUCUCUUCAGAAUCCUACAGGAUAUACUUCUGGAAGAGCGUACACGGUGACUACACUGGAUACCCAGUUCGCUCCCAUCGUGCAAGCAUGGAGCACCGCUCGCUCCGUGACCUACAACCAGUCGGGCUGUGCGAGUGAUGGGGUAUGUUCCGGAGCAUUAGAAGCUGCAGGACUUGCUAUCAGCUGCAACGCCAGCACAGCAGAGUUUGAUCUCUUAUCGACGAAUAGCGAUGGCUCCAUGAGCGACGACUCCUUCAGCGGCCUCGACGUGUUCCAAGUCACCCUCGGCUGGAGCGCAAUCACACCCGCCAAUAUCACCUUGAACCUCCAAUACAAGCCCGAGAACGGGGAUGAAUGCGGCAAAGGCCAACUCCAAGUCCGAAACUGCACCAUUGGCGCAGCAACAGUCCAAUACCCCGUCACCAUCGACGGCAACAAAUCCACCGUCGCUCUAUCACCACAAUCCACCUUUUCCGACGACAAAGUCCUCUCUCUCACCACCAUGCCCAUGGAAUCCGGCUUCGGCAUGCCUUCCCCCCUGGGAGGCUUCGCCUACGCCCUCAGUUCCAAAUUGAAUUCUGCCACCCGCAUGCGAUUCGCCGGUGCAGCAGGCUACGAAAUGACCUCGACGGGAAGUCUCACGGCGCAAUUCGCAGAUAUGUCCGACGUACAAGACUACGGCACAGGACUCUGCAAAACCAAAUUCACCGACCCAUCCUCCUACAUUUUCGCCCAAGCCCGCGAUCUCAUGUUUCGCACAUCUCUCGCCCAAGGGAAUUCCUCUUCCUCCUCUUCUUCUUCUUCUUCUUCCUCCUUACAACCCCUCCUCUCCGCCACCGAACUCCGCACCGUGACCGUCUACGAAUCCCAUUUCGAAUACCUCGCCAUCGCCGUCGCUCUGACUUUCAUCGCCAUGGGAAUUGUCCUAGCCACUUUCAACGGCUUCUGGCUACUCGGAAGAAACGUCACAAUGAGUCCCAUUGAAACUGCAAAAGCUUUUAAUGCUCCCUUGUUAGCGGCUGAACAUCCCAAUGCUGAAGUCAGAGAAUUGGUCAAAGGCGCUGGGAGGAAACCCGUGAGGUAUGGAGAGGUGAUGAUAUCUUCUUCGGCUUCGGCUUCGGCUUCGGAUGAGAGGUCCAUGUAUAAGGGGGGAAUGGGUCAUGGUGAUAGUAGAGGAGGAGGAGCGACGGAUACGGUGGAAUUGAGGAGUUUUCAGGUGGGAUUUGAGGAUCCGGCGAAUGUGCAGCCGUUGGGAGGGAAGAGGAGGAGAUGAUGUGGGCUUCUUUCUCCUACCUAAGGUACCCAUUCAUGGCUUUUGAUACCUCAGGUCUGCCUUUAUUUUUAUAUAUAC